CUAUUUUUCUUCAAAAAGUACAUGAACAUACUAGAGGUGAAGGUUAGUUCUUCUUCGAUUUCAGUUUUCAUUCAUCUCCUCACCCAGUCACCCUCAGUCCGCUCCCAUCUUCACUACCAUCCCUAAAACUCAUCCUCUGUUACACAUCAAUUGCCGUCUCUCCGUCCGCAUCAAGUUCUUUCUGUCCGCCGCUCCCCUCUCUCCCUGUCCGUUCGUCAGCGUCGCUCAGCUUUGCCAUCAGCGUCGAUAAGGUCAACUCCUAGUCAUACUGACUUGGUAGCAGAUUCUCGGCAUCCCAUCUCAGAAGGUUUCGAUUUUGCGCUACUAUUAAGAGCGCAUUCUCCUCCCAAACAGUGGGCGAUUUUGGCAUCAAUCCAAUUUCCCUUAAUCAACUUUUUCAAUACUGUUUAUGGAAAGAUAGGAAUGGUUAAAAAAAUGUCAGUUCCUUUGCCCCGAGAUUAGACAGUCUAAGAUGAUGGUGUUCUUGAUGGGAGAAUGACUUGAAGAACAGUCUUCAAAAUUUGAGAAAUGGCAAAAGGUAUCGUAUGGGCAACAGCAGAGGAUUUAGCGAGGAACCGGGGGCGUGUUAUAUCUCUUUAUCGCCAGAUACUGCGGAGCCUCAACUCCCCAAAUUUGCCUCUUAGCUUUGCAGCUAGAUUAGCAAAGAAGGCGGAGGUUCGUGGCAUUUUCUUGCUUGCUUCUGAAGAGCGAUCUCUUCACAAUAUUGAAGACCUCAUUGAUACUGCUGAGUACUCCCUCUCCCUUUUAAGGAAAGGAGAAAUUCCCAAAUAUAUUCAAUGAGUUACUCUUUCUUCUCUCCAUCUUCAUGAAUGACUUUAGUUACCUUUAAAAAAUUCCCAACAUAAAAAAUUCCCAAAUUACUGGUGCUUUCCCUUGGUCUAAAUUUCUUUAGUUACCUUUAAUGUUUAGAUUCUAUUUUGAUCAUUGGAGUUCUCACUCUCUCUAUAUAUAUGUUGGCCCUUCCAUGUGUUCUGUUUGA